UCUCCUAUUUAAUGAGAAAUGUUUAAAAGGAAAUUACAAAUUCGAUAAAGACUGGGAGGCUAUAGGUGGAGAAGUUAUCAAGUUCCCACUGCCUCUCCAUUUACAAGCUCAGGUCGGUGAGAGGGCUCUUUAAAUAUUGGGCGAGCACGGAAUGCUACACAAACCACACAAACCAGUGAUGGCAGUUGCAAUCCUGAGAGAUGUUACCAUGGGAGUUAAUCUAAUAACUACUGUUAUCUCAAAAGCCGUGAGAAUGAUCAGUAAAUUAGUGCAGAUGCAGAAAAACGACACACAUUUUGAAAUGCUAGCAAAUAGAGUAGAUGAUUGUACUACCACCCUGAAAACAUGGAAGGAAAGGGGUGUGCCAGUCCAGCAUGAGGUGGAGAGAGCCAUCAAUGGAUUUAGCUCAGCUCUCGAUUCUGCAGAGGACCUUCUCAUAGGGUAUGGAACCAGCAAUGCAUUUAAGCGUUUCUCUCAGUCCUCCAAACUGAAAGAAAAGUUCAAAAGUGUGAAUCAGAAGCUGAAGGAUGCUGAGCAGCAGCUCAACUCUGCCUUGGUGAUGAUGCCAAGAUCUGCAGGGACUGAGAGCAUGGGCAUGGAUCUAAUGCCAUUCCAAGGAGGAGAUGAAAUAAGAGUCAUUCAGCAGAGAAGCAGUCAACAGGACCUGAUUCAGAGACUGACAGAAAAUGCCAAAAGGGUAACAUUGACAGACACCACUGAACCGAAUGGACGUCGUAUUCAAAAGGCUGAAAUUGAGUACCAAUAAUUGAACAAGAUAUUUUGGUUGAAGUUAAAGAGGUUUAAAAGUUGAUUCACAGUGUUUGCCCAUUGCUGCUUACACACUAAAAAUUAAUGCUUAGACCAAAGUCUCAAAACCUGAAGUCGUUGUAAUCAUACCUUAAACAAGUAACCUUACAGAUGUUUUCUGUUUUGUACUUUGUUUGUAAUUCUGCAGCACACUUUGCGAAACAGUACACAGUUUCUUAUAUUAGACAAUUCAAAAAUGAAAAUACUUAUGUUCAAAAUGCAAAGUACAUCUGGAAAUGGGCAAUACCAGGGUAAUGGCAGUACAAAGGGUAAUGUUAUCCCCAUAUUGCCCUGGGACAUUGACAAAUAACCCUGUGGCCAUUCUUUCCUCUUCCUCCGAUUUUUGAGGUUGAACCCAGCCUCAUCUAUGUAUUUCAUCAAUAUACAGUAAAUGUCAUAUACAGUAUACUGUAUUCCCCUUGAAUUUCC